AUGGCUGAGACCAUAAAGGAUGGCAAGUUCGCCCACGGCAACACAGAGGCACCCCAGUCCAACCGUGUCCUGCCUCUCUUCUCCCUAAAGGGCAAGACUGCAAUUGUCACAGGGGCCGGUGCAGGCAUCGGACUGGCUAUUGCGGAGGCACUCGCUGAGGCGGGAGCAAAUGUCGCUAUAUGGUACAACAGCAACAAGAAAGCUUUGGACAGGGCAGCGGAGAUCGAGCAGACCUACGGAGUCAAGUGCAAGGCUUAUCAAGUCAACGUCAAUGCUCUUGAGCCUGUCCAAACAGCAGUGGAUGCCGUUGUGAAGGAGUUCAACGGCCGGCUAGAUAUCUUCGUUGCCAACUCUGGAAUUGCGUGGGAAUUCGGGCCUAUGCUUGACGCCGAGCCUGUUGUUGACCUGUAUAAGAAGGUUGUGACACCCAACAUUGACGGCACGUUCUGGUGCGCUCGUGCUGCGGGUCUUCACUUCAGACGACAGAAGAAGGAGGGUACGACCAUUGAUGGUCAGAAGCUUGAGGGGUUCACACUCGGCAGCUUCAUUGCAACAGCCAGUAUGAGUGGUCAUAUUGCCAACAUCCCCCAGAUGCAGGCCGCAUACAAUGCCUCCAAGGCAGCGGUAAUUCACUUGUGCAAGUCUCUAGCAGUUGAGUGGACUGGCUUCGCCCGUGCCAACUCAAUCUCGCCUGGAUACAUCAAAACUGAGAUCUCGAACUUCAUUCCCGAUGAGACCAAGGGGAUCUGGAAGGAUAAGAUCCCGAUGGGACGUGAGGGUGAGCCGAGCGAGCUGAAGGGCGCCUACCUAUACUUGGCAUCCGACGCAGCAUCUUAUACGACCGGAAUCGAUAUAAUCGUCGACGGUGGCUACUGUGCUCCAUAG